GCUUUCUUGUCAACCAUGGCGAAGCAGCAAAACAAGGAUCCUGGGUUAAAGGAGAAGUUUAAGAGCCUCUUAGGUCUGGGACCAUCCCGGGCUAGUUCCAAAUCAUCAGAGGGCAAGCAAACAGAGUUUAUCAUCACUGCGGAAAUACUCAAGGAAUUGAGCGUAGAGUGUGGAUUAAAUAACCGGAUACGAGCGAUUGGUCAAAUCUGUGAAGUAGCAAAAACCAAAAAAUUUGAAGAGCAUGCGGUGGAAGCAAUAUGGAAAGUGGUAGCUGAUAUGCUGCAGCCAGAGCUACCAGCAGAAGCCAGACAUGCUGUGCUUCACCUGCUGAAGGCCAUCAUUCAAGGACAGGGUGAGAGACUAGGGAUCCUCAGAGCACAUUUCUUUAAGGUUAUCAAGGAUUAUCCUUCUAACGAAGAUCUUCAUGAACGGCUUGCAGUGUUCAAGGCUCUCACAGAUAAUGGAAGAUCCAUAACUCACCUGGAGGAAGAAUUGGCUGAGUUUGUCCUGCAGUGGAUGGAUGUCGGGUUGUCUUCAGAAUUCCUUCUAGUUCUAGUGAACCUGGUCAAGUUCAACAGCUGUUACCUGGAAGAUUACGUUGCUGAUAUGGUCCAUAUGAUCUGCCUAUUGUGCGUUCAGACAUCAUCAUCGGUUGACAUAGAGGUCUCCCUGCAGGUCCUAGAUGCUGUGGUUUGCUACAACUGCCUGCCCUCGGAGAGCCUCCCGGUAUUUAUCAUCACCUUGUGCCGCACCAUCAACGUUAAGGAGCUUUGUGAGCCAUGCUGGAAGCUUAUGCGCAAUCUCUUGGGAACCCAUUUGGGGCACAGUGCUAUAUACAACAUGUGCCGCAUCAUGGAAGACAGAGCCUACAUGAUGGAUGCAGCAUUACUGAGAGGAGCAGUUUUCUUUGUCGGAAUGGCUCUGUGGGGUGCACACAGACUGUAUUCUCUCAAGAACUCACCUACAUCAGUGCUGCCCUCAUUUCUCAAGGCCAUGACUUGUCCCAAUGCAGUUGUAUCGUAUGAAAUAGUCUUGUCCAUAACCAGAUUAAUCAAGAAGUAUGGGAAGGAGCUGCAGGCUGUCACUUGGGAUAUUCUUCUGGAUAUCGUUGAGCGAUUACUCCAGCAGCUACAGAGUAUAGAGAACCAGGAUUUGAAGUCCAUUGUACACGCUUUGUUGACUACUGUAGAAGAACUCUAUGACCAGAACGAAUUCCAUGGGUCUGAGGAGAGAUACUUUGAGCUGGUGGAGAGAUGUGCUGAUCAGAGACCUGAAUCUUCUCUACUAAACUUAAUAACGUACAAAGCUCAGUCUAUUCACCCUGCCAAGGAUGGCUGGAUUCAUAACCUGAAGGUGUUAAUGGAGAGGUUCUUCAGGAACGAGUGUCGUAGUGCAGUUCGGAUUAAAGUUCUGGAUGUCUUGUCUUUUGUCCUGAGCAUUAACAGACAGUUUUAUGAGGAGGAGCUGAUUAACGUGGUGGUGAUCUCACAGCUGGCACAUAUUCCAGAGGAUAAAGACCACCAAGUCCGGAAACUGGCUACUCAGCUAUUGGUGGACCUGGCCGAGGGCUGCAACACGCAUCACUUUAACAGCUUGCUUGAUAUCAUAGAAAAGGUGGCUGCACGUUCUCUUUGGGCUCCGGUUGAUCUGGAGGAGAGAGACUUUCUAUCUCAUUCUGCUGCUUUAGAGGAUGUGAAGACAGCUGUUCUAGGCCUCCUGGUAAUUCUCCAGACGAAGCUGUACAGCUUGCCUGCCAGCCAUGCCACUCGGGUGUAUGAUAUGCUUAUUAAUCACAUCGAGCUCCACUAUAAGAACGUGUACCGCCUCCCGAUUGCUAGCAGCAUCCGAUUGCAGGCAUUUGACUUUCUGCUGAUGCUUCGAGCGGACUCCCUCCACCGCCUUGGCCUGACCAACAAGGAUGGAGCAGUGAGAUUUAGCCCCUACUGCCUCUGUGACUUGGUAGAACCAGAGAAGAGGGUGUCUGAGAAAAAGCCUGCUGGGACCCUCUCCCCUCCAUCAGGAAGCCCCAGCGUUUCCUCCCAGAAUGCCACUCUUCGGAUGGGCUACCUGCCCUACUCAUUGCUCUUCCGAGUCCUUCUGCAGUGUUUGAAGCAAGAGACAGACUGGAAGGUGUUGAAACUGGUUCUCAACAAGUUACCGGAGUCUCUCCGCUACAAAGUGCUAUUUUUAACCUCCCCUUGCAACCUUGACCAGCUGUGCUCUGCACUCUGCUCCAUGCUUACAGACAAAAAGACAGCUGAGAGGUUGCGUGGCACUCCAGACGGGUUCUCCCGCAAUGACUUGCACCUGGCUGUGGUUCCAGUGUUGACUGCAUUGAUAUCUUACCAUAAUUACCUGGACAAAGCUAAACAGCGUGAAAUGGUUUAUUGCCUGGAACAUGGCUUAAUUUAUCGCUGUGCAAACCAGUGCGUUGUGGCUUUAUCAGUAUGCAGCGUUGAGAUGCCUGACAUCAUCAUAAAGGCACUGCCAGUCUUGAUAGUCAAGUUAACCCACAUUUCUGCUACAGCAAACAUGGCAAUACCUCUCUUAGAAUUUCUUUCAACGCUAGCCAGGCUGCCUCACCUCUAUAGGAACUUUGCAGCUGAGCAGUAUGCGAGCGUGUUUGCCAUCUCUCUGCCAUAUACAAAUCCCUCCAAGUUUAACCAGUACAUCGUGUGCCUGGCACACCAUGUGAUCGCUAUGUGGUUCAUCCGCUGUCGCCUGCCCUUCCGGAAAGACUUUGUUCCCUACAUUACAAAGGGCUUGCGGUCAAACGUCCUCCUCUCAUUUGAUGACACCCCUGAGAAGGACAGUUUCAGGGCUCGCAGUACAAGUCUGAACGAGAGGCCGAAAAGUUUAAGAAUAGCCAAAAAUGCAAGGCAAGGCUUGAAUAACUCUCCUCCAGUGAAAGAGCUGAAAGAACCCUCUGCAGUUGAUGCCUUCCGAUCCCGCAGCAUCAGUGUGUCAGAACAUGUGGUCCGCAGUAGGAUACAGACAUCCAUCACUAGUUCAAGCCUGGGCUCUGCAGAUGAGAAUUCGAUGGCUCAGGCUGAUGACAACUUAAAAAACCUCCACUUGGAACUCACAGAGACCUGUCUGGAUAUGAUGGCCCGAUAUGUCUUUUCAAAUUUCACUGCGGUGCCUAAGAGGUCUCCUGUGGGAGAGUUCCUCUUGGCUGGAGGAAGGACGAAGACAUGGCUGGUUGGUAACAAGCUAGUGACUAUCACAACGAGUGUUGGAACAGGGACACGGUCACUGUUGGGCCUUGACUCUGGAGAGCUCCAGACCAGUACAGAGUCAAGUCCAGACCCUGUUUUGCAAGUGAGACAAACUAAAGAAGCUCCAGCAAAGCUGGAAUCUCAAGCUGGCCAGCAGGUGUGCAGAGGAUCUCGCAACAGAGUCAGGUCAAUGUCUGGUGGUCAUGCCUUACGUGUUGGUGCUUUAGACAGCUCAGCCCCCCAGGGGUUACGGAGUCCUGCUGCUUCUGCACCUCGAACAGAGAAGGCCACUCCUGGUGCCCAUGCUCCUCUGCAGAAAGAAAAAACAAACCUGGCAGCAUAUGUCCCACUGCUGACACAGGGCUGGGCAGAAGUAUUAGUCCGGAGGCCCACAGGUAACACAAGCUGGUUAAUGAGCCUGGAGAACCCACUCAGCCCCUUCUCGUCAGAUAUAAACAACAUGCCGCUGCAGGAGCUAUCCAACGCGCUCAUGGCCGCAGAGCGCUUUAAGGAGCACAGAGAGACGGCUUUGUACAAGUCCCUCUCAGUCCCUUCCUCCAGCUUGGCCACCGGGACGUGCAAACCAUCCCUUCUGCAGCGUUCCAAUACAGUGGCUUCUUUCUCUUCCAUGUACCAGUCCAGUUGUCAAGGAAAGUUGCACAGGAGCAUAUCCUGGGCAGAAUCGGCAGUAGUUCUGGAAGAGGGGAGCCAAUUGGAAGUGGAUUUAAAAGAAACCGAUUCCCUGGUGUCUCAAGACAAACCGCACAAGGCUUACAGCAGGUCCUCUUCAACAUCUAGUCAAGAAGAGAAAUCUCUGAAAUCCGACGAAGUGGUGGCCGGCGGAAUUCCUAUCGGCAGGGUUGUCCCUUCAGAGGAUGGCAGGACUCUGGAAGAACUCUCCUUCCAGCCUUCCCAACCACUCAGCAAAUCCAGCUCUUCCCCUGAGCUUCAGACGCUGCAGGAAGUCCUCAAAGACACAAACACUAAAGAAGCAACUGGAAGGCUGAGCACGGAACUGAAAUCAAAAUCUCAGUCUGGGAACCUUGAAGGAGAAGGGGCCAGUAGCUGGCUGAGCCGAGGGGAUGACGCUGGAAUAACUGGCACAGCCAGACUGGAUUGUAGCGUCCCUUCUUCCUCUCCCCGCUCACCCAGCGGCCACCGUCCUAGAGGGUACACCAUCUCGGAUUCAGCCCCUUCGAGGAGAGGCAAAAGGGUAGAGAGAGAUGCCUUCAAGAGCAGGACAGCAGCCUCCAAUGCCGAGAAAGUACCUGGAAUAAACCCAAGCUUUGUGUUUUUACAGUUAUACCACUCCCCGUUCUUUGGAGAUGAAUCCAACAAGCCCCUUUUGUUGCCAAAUGAGACAUUUGAAAGCUCGGUGCAGCUCCUAGAUCAAAUUCCUUCCUAUGACACCCACAAGAUUGCCGUGCUCUAUGUAGGAGAAGGACAGAGCAACAAUGAGAUCGCUAUUCUGUCGAAUGAACAUGGCUCCUAUAGAUAUACGGAGUUUCUGACCGGCUUAGGGAAGCUCAUUGAACUCAAAGAUUGUCAGCCUGAUAAAAUUUACCUUGGUGGUCUGGACGUGUGUGGGGAGGAUGGUCAGUUUACCUACUGCUGGCACGAUGACAUUAUGCAAGCCAUUUUUCACAUUGCGACUUUGAUGCCCACGAAGGAUUUGGAUAAAUAUCGCUGCGACAAGAAGAGGCACCUUGGGAAUGACUUUGUUUCCAUAGUUUAUAACGAUUCUGGUGAAGACUUUAAAUUGGGAACGAUAAAGGGCCAAUUCAACUUUGUGCAUGUUAUAAUCACACCGCUUGACUAUGACUGCAACCUGGUGACGUUACAGUGUCGGAAAGACAUGGAAGGGCUGGUGGACACAAGUGUUGCUAAGAUUGUCUCGGAUAAGAAUCUGCCGUUUGUAGCCCGCCAGAUGGCCCUGCAUGCUAAUAUGGCUUCCCAGGUUCACCAUAGCAGAUCGAAUCCUACAGAUACUUACCCAUCAAAAUGGAUAGCGAGGCUACGUCAUAUCAAGAGGCUCAGGCACCGGAUCCGAGAGGAAACCCAGUACCAGACACCUGGCUUCCCCCUGAUGCAAAUGCACCCUUCUGCUCUUACUAAACCCCCUCCCCAGGUACCACAGGACCCAGCAUCAACCUAUGAAACUGGGCAGAGAAAGAGGCUGAUCUCCUCGGUGGAUGACUUCACAGAAUUUGUGUAAAUCCCCAUGUGAUCAGCGUCUGCCCUCGGGCAUGCGGCGGAGGGGGGAAGAGAGGAGUGAACGCUCUUGACCCUGCACACUAAUUCAGCACUGCCACAGGGAGACCACUGGGACUUGGCAAACUCGGUGUGGCUAUGUUACCUUUGUGUGAACUAGUUACUGGACCGCCGUGUGACUCUGAUAGACAUCGUCAUCUUGACUUUGAGUCGCCCACCAUCAGGAAAGGAGGAUUUUCUACCCUAGCUGGAGAAUCCCAGAGUGGACCGAGCCUAUAAAUUUGGUCUUUAUUUGGCUAGAGACAUGAAGUGAAGUUUAAAGGUAUCCAUCUCUGCUAGCAGCUUUCUUGCAAAAUUUAAGCAUUUCUCUAAGCAGGAGGAGGCAAAGCAGCAAGCCAGGAUAUGGUUCCCCACUCAUCACUUGGUGGGACGAUGCAGAAGCAAAUGGUGUUUUAACCCAACCAAAUGAAAGCUUCAGUCGCAGUCUCUGGACACUUGGGAUCUCCAUUUCCUCUACAUGGGUGGAAAAGCUCUAUUAGCAUUCAUGAGAGCUGCAUGCACUUUCCAACUAGUUCGUAACACCAGCUCUAAUUAUAGGAAUGUCCACUAGCUUCACAAGUUACCUGUAAAAACUGCAGCUGCCUUUAUUUCCCAGGAGAUCUCCUCGCUUGAGGACAUCUCCAUGAGUCUCCCACUCCAGUGAAAUUGUUCUCUCAGACCUUAAUGAUAUAAGUAGGGAGAUGUCUGCAGGUCAGUGGAGAGGCGGAAUGGUAAUCAAAGCUGGUAUGGAAAUCGCUGACCAUGAAUAAACUGUCUUGUAAUGAACACUCCGUUAAACCCAGGAUUCCAAAGACAAUUUGGGCCAGUUUUAGAAAUUAUGAGCAAAGGAUUUAGCUAGAGGCCCAGCCUUGCUUCUAGUGCAGUCAAUGGCAAAGCUUCCAUUGACUCCAAGGGCAGCAGGAUGGUCCCCAAGAAUGUGGCCAGGAUGCUGGGAAGUAACUUGACCCGUUUGUGCGUAUUCACACACUCUUCAGAGAGGUGAGUGGUAGCCCAGUGUGUGACCAGGCUGCACUUGACUGGUCUUUAACCUGUUCUAUAAUGUGGCCUUGCCAGAAAUCUUUCCUCAAAUGCAAAAUUUCCUCUUCCCUUUUAAAUGACCCUUGGCUCUGGUUGGUGGCAGCAUCGCCAUAUUGGACUUGUCAUAUGGUGACGGUCCCACCUUUGGAAGCCAGCAGUUUGGAUUGUAUGUAAAGGGUCCUUUUAAUGCAGAUGUGCGCCAGGCCUUUCAGAAGUAGCAUGUCUUGUGGUGACAGAUAAUGGGACACUACACUACCAUAAUGGGAGAAGCUAUGUAAGCUGAAACGUACUGUGACUACUUUACUGUGUGCUUUUGUCACUCCUCAGUGGCUGCUGUCCUCAUCAAAACGCGGGACGAGCUCUUAAUUCGCUAAACUCAGUGACUGGGUAACAGCAGUUUUUAGUGACUGGGUAACUUCUGAGUAAUUUGAAUGGAAUUGCAGGCAAAGCAAUCAAAAGCUGGAAUUCUUUUUGGAGGGAGGGAAAGGGGAGCUACUGACCAAUGUGGGACUGUCCAUUAACUCAUAUGUACGUCCUGUUUUGAGUGUUUAUAAAUUGUAAAUGAAAUAAAAGUAUUUGUA